GAACCCUGUGUGAAGCUCCAUAGUAUCUCUGUUUAGUGUUGUUGGAGAUGUAUUGUCUUGCUCUCAUUCUUAUUGCAGCUCUACAAACGUGUAAAGGAUGUCUCUUUGUUGCAGAGGAAGGAGAAACUGUGGAUUCAACCGUGAAACUUACCAGUAAUAUGACUCUUAAAUGUGUCUAUCCAAAGAUUGCAACUAUAACCCAAAUGUCAUGGAUUAAGAGCAAAGGCAAAGAGACAAUUGCAGUCUUCAGACUGCCCCAUGACCUAUAUAUUACUAACGCAUAUGAAGGCAGAGUAAAUGUUGUUAAUCGUACUGUGAAUGAUAAAUCCCUGGUUUUCAACAGGACCACUGAGGCAGAUAUUGGCUUAUAUGUAUGCUCUUUUCAGAUCUUCCCAUAUGGAGUGUGGGAAAAGAAGGUACAGGUUGUCCCAUCAGGAAACUUUACAUCCCCAGUCUCAGCAGGAGCCCAUGUCAUUGUAGAACCAGGGAAGAAUGUCACCUUUAGAUGUGGGACUGACCCUGUGAUAGCAAUGAAGCGUGUGACAUGGGAAAGGGUUCAUGAAGGCGCUGUGGAUACCAUAGUCAAAUGUACUCAACACAGUCAAUCAAUUCAUGGUUCAGAUUACGAAGAACGGGUAGUGAUCGACUGUGCUACCCAGGCAAACACAAUUGUACUUUGGAAUGUAACAACAUUUGAUUCCGGGAUGUUCCGCUGUUGUUACUUUGGUCCUCCAGGUGAAUCUGGAGCUCAUUGGACAAAGUUGACCGUCACUGUAAACGUUCCUUUGAAUUAUGAGCAGAAUAUCCUUGCCAUAGCUGGAGGUGCCGGAGCUGGAGCUAUUGUCUUGCUGCUAAUACUCAUCUUGUCCAUGGCUGCAGCUGUUGUUCACUAUAAGAAAAAGAAGAGGAAAAGGAUCAUGAUGCCGCCAAAAGUUUUUCUUACUACUCGGCCCCAGGUAAGAUGUUUUUAUGAGGGCUAUGUGUGUUGCUUCCAUGGCCGAAUGAAUGUAAGUGAAGAAGAAACCACAACCGCAUCUGCCACAAAGCAGGAGGCAAUCUAUAUCAACUACUCAAGUGGACAAAAAAUGCGAGUCUGACCAUUUUGCUACCCUUGUCAAUGAGUUUGCCUCAAGUAUACACAGCUCUGUACUGUGAUUCUAUAUGGGCUAAUACAACACCUUUCCCCCCCAUUACCUUUCAGUUCAUUCAAGCACAAAGAGAUUCUGCAUACAUGCAGAUGUGCAUGCAGGAUGUUGUGUAUACAAUAGGGGAAAGUUUAUAUAAGGACUUUGGCUGUCAGAAAAUUAGAAGAUGGCAGCAGAUUUCCUUUGUACUCUAGUUCUGAAAAUAGGUGUGCCCUAGAGGAAUGAGAAAUACUGGGCAGUGUCCUUCAAGUUGUUUUACAGCCAAGUAUUUAGCUGAUGAAAUGCCAUCAUCUACUUUCAUGGCUUCAGAGGCUGACGGUUUAAUGAGGCUGUAGUUGGUGACUAGAGAUGUAUUGUCUGGUCACAGUUCAGUUCACAAAAGCAGAAACGUUCUUUUUCCUUAUGCCCAGAAUGAAUAGCCUUUUUGGGAGUUCCUUCUAUUCACUAUGAAGUGAUCAAGCAGGCUUCGAUACAAUAAACAAAUGGACAGAU